AUGAUAAAUUCUAUAUGUUCAGUACCAAAUCAAUCAACAACACAUAAAUUAAUUAUUCAAGAUAUAACUUUUGCAGAUCAAGGUUCAGAUUUUUUGAAUAUAUUUAAGUAUUUAUCUUUUCUUUGUUUUUUAUUAGGUAUUUAUAGCUUAUGUAAUUCUAAUGUUAUUUUUGAAACAUCAUUUAUUCAUGUUUUUCGAAUGCCUAUUGAACCACCAUCACUAUUACAUACAGUUAUAAAAAGUUCUGAUUAUGAAAUAAAUCUUAUUAUUAAAAAUUUAUCUGAUCAAUAUAUAUUGCUUUAUAAAGGUAAUCAAGCAUUACAAGAUUUAACUAAAAUGAUUACAUAUGUUGACAAUGAAAAAAUUCAAUUAAAAUUCAACAAUAUUAAAUUAUAUGGUUAUCGAAUUUAUCAAAUUAAUAUAAAUAAUAAUAAUAAUAAUCAAUGUACAACUGUUUGUUCAUUUAAUUUAACAGAACAACAAAAAGAAAAAUGUUCAAUCGACAUCAAUCAAAAUAUAUUGAAGAAAGAUGAUUUAAUUUUGUUAUGUAUUCAAAAUAAAAAUAUCGUUUUAAAAGAAAUCCAAUUGCUCAAAAAUAUUUCACCAUCAACUGAAACAUAA